AUGAACUCUUCGAGCGAGACCAGAAUUGAAGCUUUCAAUCAUUGGCUCAAAGAUCGUGGAGUGAUUCAGCAUCCAUCUAUCUCAAUUCAUCAUUUUGGUCAUCAAGGUCAUGGUCUAAUUGCUACUGAAGAUAUCGAAGCUGGCACCAUACUUUUUUCAAUACCUCGACCACCCGUUUCAAAUUCACCUUUAUUAACGAUUGGAACAUCAGAUUUCUUAAGUAAACUAGGCACAUCAGACGCGGAGAAAAUUUCCAGGAAUUGGAUACCACUUUUGAUGACUAUGAUGUGGGAGCGCGCUCGGGGAUACGAUCAAUCUGUACCUUCUCAUAUGUCAUGGAGGCCAUACUUUGAAAUGAUGCCGACAGAGUUUGAUACCUUGAUGUUUUGGUCGGAUGACGAGUUGAAAGAGCUUCAAGCCUCAACGGUCCUUGGCAAAGAAGAAGCCGAAGCUGAUUACCAUCAACUAGUAGCCCCACUAAUCCGUAGUCGAUCAGACCUUUUUCCGAUCCCUACUUCAAAUCAAGGGAAAGUUUGGACAUGGGAUGAUUUCUAUGGUCUUCAAAUUUAUCAUCUUAUGGGGUCUUUGGCCCUUUCUAGAUCUUUUGAAGUCGAUGUGGUACCUGAAACCGAUAAUCAUGAUGAAGAGGAGGAGGUAGAUGAUGAUAAGUCAAUAGAGGAUCAAGACGAGAAUGGUGAUAUCUCAAUGACUGCAGCCAGUGCUUCAUCAACUGGUAUAAUUGAAGAAGAAGUGGGAUUGAAUACUUCAGAAGGUGUAGCAAUGGUACCAUUAGCAGAUAUCCUUAAUGCAAAGUCAGGUUGUGAAAACGCCAAGUUGUUCUACGAGCCUACUACACUGAAUAUGACAACUACCAAAUCUAUCAGAAAAGGAGAACAAAUAUAUAACACAUAUGCUGAUCCACCAAACGCAGAUCUCUUGAGACGAUACGGACAUGUAGAUGACGAAAACCCAUUUGAUCUUGCUGAGGUCUCUCUCGAACUUUGUAUACGACUCGCUGCCGAAAGUCUCCAUCCUUCUGACCCUCAAAACCAAAAUACCCUAGACGAACUGAAAUCUAGAGCCAAGUGGGCACUAGAAGUGAGCGAUAUAGAUGAAAUUUUUAUGCUUCCUACAAAAAGUCAACGUGAACCAAAAGAAAUUUUACCUGAUGAACUAGUCAUUAUGCUACGAAUUCUCUUAUCAACAGAGGAAGAAUUUCAAACAUGGAAAUCUAAAGGAAAAGUACCUAAACCUGCUAUGUCAGAACCUAUUGCUCAACUUGCAAUUCAAAUUCUUUCAAAUCGAUUGAAUCAAUAUUCAACUACAAUUCAAAAUGAUCAAGAUUUAUUAAAAGAUCAAAGUUUAUCAAGAAGAAAAUUAAAAUCUAUUAAAGUUAGAUUAGGAGAAAAGUUAAUUUUAAAUGACCUUUUAAAUGAUCUUAAUAAGUCUAUUCAAAUUAAUAAUGGAAAAAGGAAGAGUCAAAAUCAACUUGAAAAAACCAAAAAGAAUACAAAGAAAUCCAAAACUUGA